UCCAAGGAAAUGACUCACAGCGGCUGGCAGGGCUCUGGCGGGGCUGGCCCGGGCCCCCGCGCUCCAGCCCGCAGCAGAUGUCGGCCCGGCCCUCCCUCCCUCCCUUGCCGGCCAAACCCGCUGGAAGCCCGCGGUUGCGGGAGCGCCCUGCGCCCGUGGGACCUGGCGGCGAGGACGCCUAUUCCCUGCUUCUGCGACCACAGCUGGGCACUCGGAAAGUUGCUAGGGCCGAAGAGGCGGGAGGGGAGGAAGGGAAGAGAGAGGCGGAGGCGUGGACCAGGCGGGCAGCAGCCUCAGCCCGCCGGGGAGCAAACGGAGAUGAGAAACAGAUGUCUCUGCAGGACCAAACAGUUAUUCUCCCUCGCCGCCCGCCCCCGCCCGUUUCCCUCCUGAGCUGCUGAUCCUCCGACUGUGAAAAACCAAACCUCUGGCUGCCUGGCUCCCUAGGAAUCAAGAAGAUGCACAGACUGAAAAUCAAGGGAGGAAGGAACAAGAUCAAGGAUGAGGAUUAGCAUCGGCAAAUUGAACUCUAUCUAAUUUGCAUGUUUAUUUCUUAGAAUUGUAAUUAAAUUUGUGUAAUAAAUGUUUUCCAUUUCAUUUGUACACUUAAAACUUGGGUGACUGACAUGCAGUUAAGUGAAUUUCCUUUUUUUUUAAAGCAAAUGUAGAUUAUUCAAUAAAGCAGCAAACCAAUAUUAAACAUAAUUAGAACUAA